CCAUCCCCCCUUUUACCACUUGGAGAUGUGCCCUGGGGGCUAGAACCUCAAUGUAUUGGUUCGAUUUAAAGUACUCUUUUCCUCAAAGACUACUAUGGUCCGAUUCGCUUAGCAUAUCAAAUGGGAAAUUUUCAUGCAUUCCAGACGAUCUUUUCAUCUUAAUGAUCAUGUCAUGGUUCAACUUUUCUGCUGAACAUAUGCUAUUCCGUUUCUUCUGGAUUAUUUUGUUCAAUUUACUCAGUAAUUCCAAUAUAUGAUGUUCUUUUUCCAUUAGUCGAGAAAUGUUCAACAAAUGGCAAGCUCAAAGGUGGUGGGCAGAAAAUUGUGAAAAGGUUAUGGAACUUUACAAUGUGCAGAGAUUAAACCGUCAAGCUUUUCCUCUACCAACAACUCCAAGAUCUGAGGAUGACACAAGUUCAAAGAUUGAAUCUGCUGAAGCUAGUCCCAUAACACCACCGUUGGGUAAGGAACGGCUACCCAAUACUUCAUUACGACCAACUGGAACAGGAAUGGGAUACUCGUCUUCAGAUUCACUCGAUCACCAUCCUAUGCAUUCUCGAUAUAACUAUGACUCCUGUGGUGUGGCUUCAACUCCAAAACUCUCAAGCAUCAGUGGUGCUAAAACGGAAACAUCGUCAAUGGAUGCCUCUAUGAGGACUACUAGCUCGUCUAGAGAUGCAGAUCGCUCUGGAGAGAUAUCCAUAAGCAAUGCGAGCGAUUUAGAAACUGAAUGGGUUGAACAGGAUGAGCCUGGGGUUUAUAUUACCAUCAGGGCACUUCCAGAUGGCAAAAGAGAACUCCGACGUGUCAGAUUCAGGUUAGUUAAUUUCUUGCCUAUUCUCAGUAAUUAAAGCAUACGUUGAAUG